CUGCAGCCAAAUUUUUUUUUUUUUUUUUACUUGCAAUACAAGACUCUGUUUGGCCUUUAAAAAUGUUAUCAAAGGUUAUUUUGGGGGUUUAUAUUAAAUAGCCAUAUCUAUUCCACUCUCAUGUGAUUUUUUUAAAUGUUGAAGAAAACAGUUGGUCUAAUUGUGAAAACAAGGCAUUUUGCUCUAGCCCUUGCUCCGAGCUCUCUGGAAGCGGAUGUUCAUCUUGCACCUGCGCAGAGGAUCGCCAUAUUUGUUAAAAUGGAUAAGGAACAAUAAUAAUCCAUCAGCUGCAAAAUCUUUCGACUCGACCGAUGUAAAUAUAUGGCAUUUAACGUCUCUGUGUAUUCGCUUUUUUGGAAAAUAAUGGAUUUGCCAUGAUCAACACCCGCUUUCAAACGUAUGUAACUGUUUUGCCGACUGUUUUAGGAUCCGUGUAGGAGUGACGGCCGACCCAGACCGUGCAUCCGAGGUCGAGGACAGGUAACGGCCAAGUAUGGCAGAUCAGGAUUUCAAUUUAUUGGCGUUCUUGAAAUCUCACUAUCCGACAAUACCUAUCACUAUCGUUUUGAAAGUGAUGAAUAAGUAUGACAAUGAUCAAGACAGAUGUCGACAAGCUCUGGACGAAGAAAAGUUAAGGUUUCCAGAGGUACCUGAAAGUACAGCAGCCUCUGGGUCUAAUGCAAGUAUCAGCACCAACAACAUGAUCAGCCCGAGUGAAAUAAAGUCUGUCACCAGCCGUGUUCAGGAGCUGGAGGUGUCCCAUGAAGGAAACUCUCGGCAGCCUGCUCCAGGGGAGAGACAUGUCAGCACGUUUGAGAGAUCAGUCAUGGGUACUCCAAGGCUCCCUGAUUCAAGGCGUCCAGUCGUUGGUCAAUCUGUUUCGUGGACUGUGCAGACUCCAGAAAGCCAAUCUUCUCAGGGUAUCACCCCAAGGCCACCUCCUGGCAAUACAUCCGUUCCACAGACAGCCCCAGCAGAUUUCACGCCUUUUAUCUUCAACCGCUCCACAACAGACAUACCGCAGAUAAAUUGCAAAACACACACGCCUUUCGGAAAUACAACCCCCAAGUCUCAACAGAUGUCUAUAACUGCUGGAAAUUCGUCUUCAGCUUCAAGCAGCCCUGGGGAGCAGCGCAGACCUGUGAAAGUUAUCAACAUUCCUCCGGGCUCGCUGUCUGGGGGCUCUGUGUCACCUGCAGCAACGCCGCCUAACUCCCGCCAUAUCCGCAUGCAUUUCGGUGACACAGGAGGAGUGUGCACGGUGUCAACGCCCCCUUCCAGCAUGCAGCGGUAUGGAUCCACGCCAAAUGUCAGUCAGCAUUAUAGAAGUGAGAUCCGAACUGAGGCCAGUGCCGCACAGCCUGUUCACUCUUCGAGUAUAGUUCUGAAUACAACUAGCCACAGCAACCAUUAUGGUGCUGAGAAAAAACUGAGCAACAGCUCAAUAGACUGUGGCAGUGAGCACAGAACAGCGCACCCUAAUCUUAACCUCAACAUGUCAACAGGUGAUUCAAACCAAGGAGCUUUCUUUUCAAGUGGUAAACCCCUAUCCACACCAGUUCAGGCUUCUUCUCCUGGUAUUUCUCAUUCAAAACCGGUUUUCACCGAAGUGAAGAAAGAUGUAAUAGGUGGAUAUGGUGACGUCAACUUUCACAAUUUCUUCCCAGGCAGUACGGUGAGACCACCACCUCCCCCAUCCACUGUGUCUAGUUUUGUGCCUCUUUCAAAUGUGACCUUCAACCCCCAUGGCACUGUGAAUUACACACCUCAAUAUGUGGACUACAGCAACCCUUCCGAUUAUGCAGGAAGCCAGCCUUCACAAUCUGAGCCCUACUCGAACAACCCCAUGCUCAUGCAUCCUAGCUACCGGAACCCACCUGCUAACCCGUAUCUGCCUUCAUCAAGCAGUGGCUAUGACCCUAAAGUUUACCCCCCAAUGGGCAGUACUGGUCUGAACUUUACCACCAUGCCUGCAGCCAUUGUGGGUCAUGGGACAGGCCCAAACCAUAUGCCCCAGUACCCAAACUACAACCACCACCCCGGAGGCGGCCUGCAUCAUAUGCCCAAAAGCCCAAAUAUCAGUGGAGGGGCUCAGUCAUUGCUGGGCAGCCGGUCGAGCAGCCAGGACAGUGAGCACAAUGUGAGUUACGGGAUGUCCCCAGAUUUCAUGGACUCCCGGACAGGCCACUAUAGCAGCAUGGGGUCUCGCGUGUCUAGUCAGAGCAGUGUUGGUUCCGACUCGUCUGCCCGCCUGGAGCGAGAGCGGAUGGAGCAGGUGACACGUCCUCGCUCGGGGAGUAUGCAGGAGGAGGCUGAUUAUACCAGAGCACUACUUCAACAUCAAAAGCUGAGGAAACAGAAGCUGAAAGAGGAAACAGAUCACCACACAGCCGUACUGAAAAAACUGCGGUCAGAGGUCAAUGAGCUGGAGAAGAACAAGAUAGACAGAGGGCAUGUCAACAAGUCUUUUCCCUCUGUAGAGGACAUUGGUGUGUUGUGUGAGAAGAAUCGACAACUGCAGACUAAUAUACAGCUAUACAUGAAUGAAAUAGACAUGUACAAAAGUGGGCAAACACCAUACAACAAGAUAGAUCCUCUUGGCCAGCAGAACUUUUUCGAGAACAUGCCCAAGGGACAGCAAGAUCCAAUAUAUUCAAGGACACAAGAUGGACAAAGAACACCUUCUCCCCGCCCUACCCCUCCUCCCCGCCCUCCUCCCCCAAUCCCGGUGCGGCAACGUUCAAAUGAGAUAUCCACCCCUUUGUCGUCGGGCGUGACGGGGGCUGUGUCAAACUCUGAUGUGUUCAACCGUGUUCUUCCCGUGCCCCCCGCCCAGCCCACCAUUAACUCUGGCGACUCGGAGGAGGGCGAGUCGUGGAACUGCACUGCCUGCACCUUCACCAACCAUCCGGCCCUGCAGAAGUGUGAGAUGUGUGAAAUACCUCGAGUCCCGCCCCCCCACCACCCGUUGUCCUCCUUGCCUCCACGACUGGCUCCGGGCAUUGUGGGUACAGUGCGGGCUCGGCCGGGUUCCCCUGCCACGGCCAUGGGUCACCAGCACCACCAUCGAGCGGGUACCUAAGGGAAUCCUUUCUCUUCCCCUGUGACUCUGUGCUGGGUUCCCUUCCCAUCUCUCCGCCCCAAUCACAGCCCAGAGAACCAAUAGCCAAACUCCCCAACACCCACCUCUCCCCAUGUCCAAGUCACCCACCUGUAGAUGUAUUGAGGUAUCACACAGAGGGGAACCAUCUUGUUUUCCCCCUCAUGACGGCUCGGUCGGCCCCUGUAGUCUCUACACAUCCCUGGGCUCAUCAUUGUCUUUCAAGUUGCUCUGCCUGCAGAGAGACGCCACACCCGCCAUGCGAGCAUGUGCCUGCCGCCUCAUUUGCUCGUUUAUGUUUGUUUUAUCAUCCCUUUUCUGUUUGUACCACAAAAGAUGCAUGCAUGGGUGCGCAUGAUUUGCUGACUUUUUUUUUUGUUGUAGUGAUUUUUAACAUGAGAUAUUGCGACUUCAAAGGAGACUUGUUUAAUUUUAAAAGUUUGUAUCAUUUAAAAUUGACAGUGUUAAUUUUCACCUCAAGUAUGUUUUCUUCUUCACUUUGUCUCUUUUAUAUAUUUUUUUCCCCUGUUAUAUUUAACUGUGUUUUUUAGCUUUACUCGAUAAGUUCUUUAACUGGUACUUUGAAAAAAUUUUUUCCUUUGAAUUUGCAGUGUCUCAUGAUUUCCAACUUCGUGCAAUUUCUGUGCUCAUGUUGUUAUUCAUUUUUCUCUUUUUUACCUUUCCUUGUGUCAAUUAUAAGUACAGCAGUUGGGAUUUUUCACCCGCACCUCUCUUACUGCUUUUCUUCUCCUCUUUCUUCAAGUUGGAAAGAUAAACAACAACCAUAAUUCUCAGUAUUUAAUUUAUAUCAAGGGCUUAUGUAUUGGGCUUUGUCUUGUAUAGUAGACAGGAUGUCUUUGUUUCUCGGUUUGUCGUAAGGAAAUGCAGCUUUAAUGACCUAGAUUGGUCAGGAAGUGUUUGGGGGGUUUUUUUGUGGGUUUUUUUUGGUUAUAAUUUUAAUUUUUCCCAGUGCACAGUGAUCUAGUACAGGGGAAACAAUAGUGGAGAGAUGAACCGUUAAAUGGCUGACACUUGGUGCAGUCAAAGUCAGAUAGCUCUUAACUCAAGGAGAUCCCGCAGUUUGUUUUGCCUUUGUUCUAGAUCUAACCCACAGGAGCCUGUUUUGUAAAGAUUAACUGUGGUCAAUUUGAGGGAAAAAGUGAAACAUUUCUGUUUGACAUGGAUUUACUAAGCGGCCCCUGUUAUUCUAAAGCUUCCCGUGGAUCAUAUUCGCCUCUCUCCUUGACGUAGGAAAGGGGAAUUGCAUGUUCAGUUACUGCCUCUUUCAAAAUUGUUAAGCUUUAAAUAGAAUAUGAAAUUGUUUAUUAAAUUUUAAGUAAAAGUUUACCCACACUCAUCUACUUAUAAGCUGGUUAUGUGGAGGAACUUAAUUGAACCUUGUGGUGUGGGUCUCUUUUCUCUACUUUUUGCCAUUGUCGCAAUAGGAAAACAUGGUCAAACUAUCAGUAUUUAGGAUUUUAAUUCUACAUGUAGUAAAUAUGAGAAGUGCAGAAAAAAAACUAGGGGUCUCAUGUAAAGUAAUAAGCAGUUUUGACUUUGAUCUGUUUACCUGUAUGUUGAAGGUUUUAGUAAUAGUUUCAGUACAGUCGAACCUGUGGAAGACGGAAUCGCAAGGGAACUAGACGAAAUUUCAUCUUAGACAGGGGAAUUUAGGGGGAAGGUGGAGGGGAGGUUUCAAAACCCAGCCGUUGGGAUCAAGGUUCGCUUCUCUGGUCGGCAAGCAGUGGUCAAAACUUCUCUCCUCUCAACUACUAUCCUCUCUGAUAUUGACUUGCGUCAGUCUUUCUUAUCCAAUCACCACCAGUGCUUGCAUUUCAUAAGACCACUAUUUGACCUAUUAAAGACAAAAGCCAUUAAACAUCUUAUUUGCUUCCACCCUGAGCCCCACCCUUCGGUGUAACAUAGUUAACAAAGGCCACCCCUCACUGCCAUCAUGUAACAACGAUUCGAGGAAUUCUUUUCUUAGCUGGCUAUACGAUCAGGGCGGCAGGCAUUGGUCAAACUAAUUUCACACCUCUGGCUUCUGGCUAUCCAGGAAAUUUUCUGUUGUGGCUCGCUACUCGAGCACUUCCACUGGCACUCGUGAGAUUUCACACUCACGCUUCCCUGAUCGUCUGCACCUCUCAGGGCUCACAUGGAUUGGGUAACAUCUACCCCCAAAUUGCACCCCUACUCCCCUUCCUUGCCCGGCGGUAUGGC